AUGCCAAACCUGAGACGUGAACAACCUAUCUCGAUCGGACGAUGCUUAGAGGUGUGCAAUGUAGUUGUCUUCUUCACUGGAAUAAAGUGGGCUAUUUUGGAUAACCGGUCGAUUACCACCAUGACGGCGUCAUUCUUGGUUCCCACGGCGAGCUCCAUUCCUGUUAGAAAAAUUAUUAUCAAGAUCUCCGACCGCUGCUUGGUGAUCGAUGGCUACAUUGUCUUGAUCAACGCCAACGGCACCAAGACUCUGCGUAUCAAAACGUCCAGCGUGUUGUUUCUUCGCAAGUCCAAGCAGAAGGCCAUUUGCCAGCUUAAGACUGUGAACGACGAGGCGCUGUACAAUUUGCACACCUCUUCCAGGUUUAUCCCCUGCACCUCCUCUAAGCUGUUCAAAUUCAUGGAGACCGAGUCUGUUUAUGUGAUGGAAACCGCCCACGGGCUACAGCUUGCAACGCGCGAGCAGAAGCCCAUGGCAAGAAAACUGGACGUUAUCCGGUUUCGUCCCCAGCUGCAAAUGUUCAAGUACCUGUACUACGCGCCUGCGCGCAAGCCGAUCAGAAUUGGAACAAGCCAGGAGUUUGUGCCAAUCACUAACACCAGGGAAGUGGGGUUCUACCGCAAGAAGCUCUGCUUGCAAAACCUGGAGUUCAGCGCCUCCGACCGCACGCUUUUGGCAGACUACCUCACCAACGACUCCGAGAAGCGCAGCCGCGUGCUUUCCGUUCUGCUCAAGUAUUACAACACUGUGUGUGCCCGUGUGGCCAAGACCGCGUUCACCACUGACCGCAACGGCCAUCAGAGCCCCUUUCCCCGCGAGGUCUCCUCUGAAACCCUGGGUGACUAUGCCCGCAACGUCUGUGUUUUUAUAUAUCUGGACGACGUCUACGCGCAGUUCAGUUUUGCGGGGAACUUCCCCAGACCCACCGACACCAUUUCCGUGUUUGAAGAGCCGCUGGCCGACGAGCUGUUUCUGAAAAAGGCACGUUACUCCCGCGAGAUCCUCACAGACGACCGCCACACCGCUUACUUUACCCACCUCUGCCAGCUGGCGGCCGUGGACAUCCGCAAAGUGGCCUCCGAAAAGGUCGAGUUCCUCUCUGUCUUUCAAUACCGCUACGUCCUUGACGCCAUCAAGGCCUGGACAACGUAUGCCGCGCUGUAUCCGCAAGCGGCAACAACCAUUAGCGAUAUAACAGCCCUGUUUGUGGAAAAGAAGGCUCAGGUGUGGCGGUGGGUCACUACCACAUACUCUCUGCUGUGCAACGAGCUGACGCAGACAACCCAGAGGUUCGUCAAGGAGAGGGGCCCCAACGCCUGCAUAGUGGGCGGCAAGCACUUCUCGAAAGAUUACCUAGUUGAGCUUUACCACGACAACCAACGGGAGUUCGACAGUGCCACCGAGUCCCUCAGACGCUACUUUGGAAACAUUCUGACCGUGGAAAUUGUGGCCGACCGGUUGGUCAACGACCGCUCUGUUAACCUUGCAGAGAACCCCCGCUCCCGGAAGUCCUCCUUCCAGAACCUCUUCGGUGCGGCGGUGCUGGCGGACGUGGCGCCGUGUGCCGAACGCACCACGAGCCCAGACGAAGACAAGGAGAUCAUCCACCUGGUCAACCUUUGCGCGCGGGCCGUCAUGUGGAUGAUAUAUGUUGGUGCCGGCGGGCCCUACCGUUUUCCGGAGAUCCAGAAGCUCAAGUACGCGAGCAACGACAGGGACCUGUACGCGGACUCCGAGAGCCGCUGCAUCGAAAUCCACGCGGGGUACUCCAAGGCCCAGAUCUUGAGGCCCGUGACCAAGCAGCUAGACAAGAACACCUCUGACUACCUGCUCUUCUACACCAUGAUUGUUGUUCCGAUCCGCAACCACGUCGCUGGCCGGCUUUCCUCGGUGAUGUCCCGCGACCUCGCCGACGAGAUGGGAAUGCGUGUCGAGGAACACACCGCCAACGCGGCGGACGGCGAGGGCUGCAGGCUCUCCGACGCUGGUUUCACGACACAGGUCCUCAACAGCUACCUGUUUGCCGAUCUCAGCUGCGGGAAGCUGCUCAAGUACGCGAACUUUGCAAAGGGUGCGCGCAAGUUUCCCGUCUCGGUGCCCCAGGACCAGCGCCUGAGCCUCCGCGAUCUCCGCCACGGUAUCAUCUACUUCAUGCGGCGGCACACCAACGUAGGGCGAAUUGUAGCCGGCUCGGAUGCCGUCGAGCGGUUGGCGGGCCACACUGCCGCCACCGGACGUACUGUCUAUGCGGUACCCGACAGCGUAGUGAACCACGAGGCGAGUGCUGAAGUCCUGGAGGAGUACGAGAUCUGCAUGGCCUGGCACAGAUUUCUCGACCUGGCUGUUUCAGGGCAAGUUGUUGCGGUAAAGGACGGAGACAACGCCAGACCAGACUUUCACUCCUCCGGAUCCAUCAACGAUUUGCUUGCCGCGGGCCGCCGCCUCUACAGUAAGGAUAUUUUUAUGUUUAGAAAAGGCCAGAAGGACGUCGCUACAGAGGUUUACUUAGGGGGGGCGCAGCUCAUUCCAGUGCAGGCGCUUCCCGGGUUUGGCAAAACCGCGUUGUUCCAGAUACCACUGAUUGCAUUGAAGAAGACAAGGCCGAUCCCGAAGGUCGUCUCUUUCGUGUUUGUGCCCUACAUUCCGCUGAAGGCCAACAUGAUUGACCGACUGGGGACGAACGGUUUGCUCGAGGUCGGGGACGUCGCGGUGCUGCUGAAGAACGGUCCAAACGUCGACGAGGACGCGCUUUCCGCCGAUGUAUAUGUGGGAGCGUUUCACGACAUGGCCACAGUUUCCUGUGCAAGGUUGCUGGACAACUGGUACCAAACAUUCAGGGACACCGUGCUGGGGCUCAUUGUCAUCGAUGAGUUCCACAACUUCGAAACGGAGAUGGCCUUUCGGGGUAAUACGUUCAGUGCAAUCGGAGAGAUCAACCUGCGGCAGGCGUGGAAAGUGCUGGUGCUGUCCGGGACAGUUGGUGUCGGCGGCUUUAACGGGCCCUUACAGAGGUUGGGCUACGAUGAGUCACUGACCACGGAGGCUGGGCUGGACCUCAAGUACUUUUUCUUCAAUUUGGUUGAUGAGCUCCCCCUGGGUAAUUCGGUGAAAUGGUUUGACGAGUGCGCAUCCUCGAAAAUAUGCCUGGAGAAGGCCGUUGCAAUGGUGGACAGGUUUGUCGCAGAAGAGGAGUCCGCGAAGGUGAUUCUGGUGUGCCGCACAAGGGAACACGCCAAGAUUUUGGCGGUUGAUUUGGCAAAGCACAGGCCGCUCUGCGUCCACGGCGAGUUGACGGGAGCUUCCAAGGAGCAAACAAUGCGCAGCUUCAUCCAAGAUCCCGUCAAGAGGGUUCUCAUCGGAACCAAGCUGGUAUCGGAGGGCAUUGACGUCCAGGAUCUGUUGCUCGUGCUGCUCGUCGAUUACCUGCCCUCCAUUGGCGAGUAUGUGCAGAUGGCUGGGCGGCUGCGGAAGGGCGGUCUCUGUGCGGUGCUGUGGUCCUCUAGGAGUUCGUUUGGCGAUCAGGGCGAGCUGCGUCCGGGAUGUUUGACACCCCAGCUCAACCGUUUCUACGGGCUCAGCCAGCACGGGCACGUCGGGUGUUGCAGAGCGGUCGACAACUGCCACCCAGACUCUGUUGCCUUUGUCAGGAGGGUGUUUCCGGGAAUCUUGAAAUACGAGAAAGUGUUGGACAGCCAGUUGAAGAGGUUUAGCGGUACCAGCUCUCCGAAGAGCUCGGCGCAAAAACGGCCACUGUUGGUUGCUGAUUCAGUAAAGGACAACUCAACGACACGGGAAUCGGUGGAAACCGAGUCAAAUCCAAGGGAUUCAGCGAGAUCCCUCCCCACAGUGGAUACUUCAAUAGAUACGUCGAUGGAUUCGACAAUGGAACUGCUGUGCGAUGACGGGGAGUUCCUGGCAUCGCCAGCCAAAAGACCUGCAAAACAGAUGAGGUCGCCGACGACUCCCAGUUGCUCCAAUGUUGACGCACCCAAACAGCUUCUAGUUGUUCCCGGUCAGUCAAUAGUUCAACUGGCUGCUGUGCGUUCCGGCGUGCGCAAUGUGCAGCCCACCUUUUCAGUCGCCCCACCAGUCGUCUCCCGUACGCCAAUGCGCCGUAAAAAUGGAUUUCCAGAAAGCUUCCGUGCCGCCGCGCGUCCCGUCUCUCAGCGAUCCGUUGGUGAGCGUCUGAGGGAAGCCUUUGGUGCGGACUUGUCCCUGUUCCACUUCUUAGGGGUUGCGGUCAAGUAUAUUCCAACCCUGAGAUUUUUCCAGGUGUGCGAGGCCACCUUUGGGCUGUCCAAGGCGACGGAGCCGUGGUACUGUUUCGUGUGCAUGGGCGCCCUGGCGUUUAAGUGCGUGUGUGAGGAUUUCCGCGGGCACCGCAACAAGUACGUCGUGCGCAACCUGGUGAUGAACACGCUGUGUUUCCUCAAGAUCGUGGCGUCCAGCACCGAGUGGGCCCAUGUCGUGCGGAUGGGCGACGACGGGGACUUCCCCCGCGUGCCGUUGUGGCUGGCCGAGCGAGGGGCGGAUAUGCAGGCGCGGUUCCGCACCCGGCUGCUGGAGUACUGCAAGCUGGCGAGGGAAUGUACACUGAGUCGGACUUCACACUGCCGUAUCCCUUUAAGGAAGUGGACACCCGUGGGGCGUUGCAGCGGUACAACCGGUGCUGGGAGUAUCUGCGCGAGAACAAGCUGGACAUCAUCGCGUUCUUCGCGACCAACGAUACCUCGACGACCUUCCCCGAGCUGUGGGAGUCGCCAACGGUGGCCCGGUUGGGGGAGCUGCUCAGGACGCAGGGAAAACACAGUUCAUGGAGGACCGCGGUGUGGAGUAUCUGGUGCUGCAGACGACGGAGUCCGCGGUGGCAAGGUGUCUGGUGUACAGCGAGGCGAGAGACUUAGAACGGCGUACGAACCGGGACCCGAACGGAGCCAUGGCCGGAGCGGUAGCUAG